AGGAGAAACAUCUGAGAUACACCCCCCCACUCCACUUCCCAACUCCAGACCGACGGAAAAACGGACCGACUGGCCGACAGUGACAGCAGGGCCGCUGAGCAGAGCUCAGAGGGAGAGGGAACAUGCAAAUUCGUCCGUGCGUGCAGAGCCGGGCUUUGCUGAGCUUCCUGCGUGGAUGUGAAUGAAUGGGUUCGCCUUUGUGUGUGUGUAUGUGUGUGUGGUGCUGAACUGGGUCAUGCGGACUGCUGGAGGAGCGAAAGAUAAACACGCACCCUCCUCCUCCUCCUCCUUCUCCCGCUGCUUGGCAGGUUCAGAUGGUGGGCGCACAGAGGAGGGAUCCCAGCAUGUGUCCCCAUCUCAGCAUUAAGCAUCAGAUGUUGCUUUGAUUUCAUCCGGCUGCAAAGAAAGUCUCAAACUGAAGCGCAUCUCCAGAAACAGGGCAAAGCAUCUUGUCUGGCCAGCGGCGAGCAAAGCGCAGCGACGGACCUGGUUCGAGCGCUGCCAGCUGCGAAACUGCGAAGGGUUUAAGGUGUUUGUUGUUUUUAUUUAUUUUUUAAUAACUCUGUGGUGCUUCUAAGUGAUCGAUAACAACGAGGAGAACCGAAGUAGCAGAAGCAAACGGAUCAGCGCUGAGCAGAGCGCAGCGCCUCUGCUCGCCGAGCGGAUGCAGGACCAUGGAGGAGAGAGACAGGUCGCCAGCAGUCUGCCCCACAGUGUCAAGGCGAGCCUGUCUCUUUCUCCAUCUGGGCCAGGACGGGUGGGUAGCGGCGGAGGCUCCCCCACAUCAAAAAUGGGCUACUGUGGAGGGGUGCCUGUGGAGGACAUGCAGGCCCUGGCCAUCACCUCUUUAUCAGCCGCAGAUGUAGCCAAACAGUAUGAGCACAUCCGCGAGCUGGGGAAAGGCACCUACGGGAAGGUGGACCUGGUGGUACACAGGACACAGGGCACCAAAAUGGCACUAAAGUUUGUUACCAAGAACAAGACGAAGCUGAAAAGUUUCCUGCGGGAAUACAGCCUAACAGGCUCACUUAGCUGUAGCCCUUUUAUCAUCAAAGUCCUGGACGUGCUUUUUGAGACAGAGGACAGCUAUGUGUUUGGACAAGAGUAUGCACCUGCUGGGGACCUUUUCGACAUCAUACCCCCACAGGUGGGUCUUCCAGAAGACAUGGUCAAACGGUGCAUGCAGCAACUGGGCUUGGCCCUGGACUUUAUGCACAGUAAAAACCUGGUGCACCGCGACGUCAAACCAGAGAAUGUGCUCUUGUUCGACCGCGACUGCCGCCGCAUCAAGCUGGCUGACUUUGGCAUGACCCGACGCGUGGGCUGUCGUGUGAAACGGGUGAGCGGCACCAUCCCCUACACGGCUCCAGAGGUUUGCCGCGCUAACCGUACAGAGGGUUUUCUUGUGACCACCAGUCUGGACGUGUGGGCGUUUGGCGUGCUGGUGUUCUGUAUGCUGACGGGCAAUUUCCCCUGGGAGGCAGCUAUGCCUGCUGAUGCCUUCUACGAGGAGUUUCGGCGCUGGCAGAAAGCGGGUUGUCCCGUGGGAACUUACCCGUCUCAGUGGCGCCGCUUCACCGAUGAUGCUUUGCGCAUGUUUCAGAGGCUGCUCGCCGCUGAGCCAGAAAAACGCUGUGGAGUCAAGGACGUCUUCUGCUUUGUCAAAUAUGAGCUGGUCAGCGAGCUCAGGCGCAGAGCAUCUUGCCGAGCCAAGAGAGGUGAGAGGUCAAGCUCUGGAGUGUGUACUGGCAGUUGCACCUCCUCCUCAACAUCCACUUCUUCACGUUCCUCCCACAGACAUCCUGAGCCUUCCACGCCUCCAGGAACAUCCUGCCUGCGCCCAGCUCCACUCAAACGGAGCGUCCUCUCCGAUCCAUUGUCUCCCAGAGAGGAGUCUGGACAGCACCAGUCUCCGGGACGAGACAAGAACAAAAGCCAGAUGGUGAUGGCGACGGCCAUUGAAAUUUGUGUGUGAUCACACUAAUGCUAGCACUGGAGACUAAGAGGGCUUUUCACAGUAAUAACAAGCUGUGAAGAGGUGUUAAUAACUACCACAGAGAACCGAGUGAAAAAGGAGAAUUUAGACAUGAAGGAGAAGCUCAGGAUCCUAUCCCAAGCAGUGGAAAUGGACAUCAUCAGUCAGUGAUACAUACUCGGACAGCUUAUCACUGACAUUCAAUACCAUUUAGCUUUUGAUUUGUGACCAAAGACUGCUUCCCAAGCUGAGAAGCCAUGCUGGCAGUGUUUAAGAGUCUGCUGUCACUCCUCAAGGCAGCUCAUUCUGCCAUCCCAACAUGUGUGUUCUCCUGCCCAUACACUGUGGUGGUGCUUACGAUAUUAUAUUUAGAUUCACUCCAUGUCUCUUUACUUUUAGUGUUUAUUUAUCUCAGAAUAUAAAAUCCAGGAGAUCCCCAAGAUUCUUCUGAUCAGGUGACAUUCUUCAGACAGAGAGGCUCAUUAUAUGAAGGCAAUCUACGCAAUUACUUUCAACUGCCAUUUCUCGGACUUUCUGCCAACUUCCAGUUCAAAAAACUCAUAGACGUUUUCAAGAUAAGAUUUUACAAAGAGAAAAAAGAAAAAAAAAUGUAGCAGUUUGUAUGCGGCAUCUUUUCAUGUACGUGUCUAGACUGAGAGGGAGACUCUCAGUGAAAGGCAUCAGCUCAGGACACUUCAGUGGGUCACUUCCUGUUUUAUUAUUAAUGAGAAUCCUUUGAGUGGCUGGAAGACACAUCUGCCACUUUUAAAUUGCUCUCAAUGAGAUUCAUGUCCAAUUAAACGCAACAGAAUACAGGGAUUGUACAUUUUCUGAGUGAAAAUGGUGAUGAACACAGGAGAGGAGAAAAAAUGUCUUUUUAUUGUUGCUUUUCUACCAGCUGUGCGUGUUUUGGACGCGUAUGUGUGUUUCGGAUGAAGAAAAAAAAAAAAAAAAAAGCACAAGAUUUUUGUAAAUGAACUCUUGGAGAGAAAAAAAUUCGAUAUUGUACAUAAUUUGAUAGGAGUGCUCCAUAAUAAUCAGGUAGUUCAACGAUGUAGCUGUACUAAUUUUCUACAACCGGAAAGGGUUUUACAGUUACUGUCGGGGUCAGUGCAUCAUAUGUAGCAUCAAAACAUGACAGAGUGUAUAGUCUAUCAUUAAAAUGUAAUAUGUAGAAAUAUCACUAUUUAUAUCAUCGUAGCAGCUGCUGGUCUCACUUUGCUUUUAUUGUUUUGGGUUUUCAUUUAAAUGGGUCUUCACUCUGGCCGGAAAUACAAAUGAAUUUAAUAGGUAUCGUUCAUUUCUGCAAUGUCCUUUCACCCCCAACGUAAUCAUGAGCAACACACAGUCCCUUUGUAAAAUCAUUAUGCUUCCUGCUUGUCAAUUAGAGAAGCAAACUGUCUUCAUUUGAUCAGUUAAGGCUAAUGAGGGCUACUCUUCAGGUUGACACCUUGCAGUCGUAACUCAGAACAUAUUAAUGCAGCCCCCUCUGUCUGGAAGGAUGGCCUACGUGUCAGCGAUUAACAUUGUUCCCUAACAGGGCAGAGCUACAGCUUCAGCUUCCAUUGAGAUACUGCUUAUUGUGACUGCAUCUAACAAGCACAGUAUGUUCUACGCUUCACUGCGUGCUAAUUAGCUUUUUUUUUUCCUGCUUGGAUUGCCUCUUAUGUCAGUCAGUCAGGUGUGUGUGUGUGUGUGUGUCCACAUCUCUGUUGUGUGAAUGUGUUAUCGUCUCAUAUAACGACUCCUCCAGUGACAGCUCAUCACCUCUCUGUACUGUCAGUACCAGCGCUCCUCAGGUUUAAUAGCUUCUGUCCUUUUCUUGAAGUCUAAUUGAGCCCCAAUGGGGAAAAAAAAAAAAGCGAUCAUCCACAGCUCAUCAUGACAAUGACUUAGCUCAUUGAUGCGUUCACGAACCCUGGCGACUUCUGCGGUGGUCAGAGGGUAGGUGGAAGGAUUAGGUGAAGAAAUUUGCAUAAAUUAUCACCAGACUGUCAGUGACAUAGCAGCUCAUGCCCCAUCACAAAUCAAAUGUUAAAUUAAUCUGUGAAGUACAGAGAGAAAUUUGAGUUUUGUUGUCCCUGGCUGGAAAUAUUAAACAAACUAAUGAGAAUUUAAAACCUUGGAGAAAUCAAGGAGGCUCUCAGACAGUCAUAUCCAGGACAAAUUAACCUUGUUUUACUAAAAUCUGUUUGCUACUCUAGGAGGAGUAGCGAUUUUUGUGAAUUAUGAAAGGACAGAUGGAUGACGGACACCUCGCUAUUGCAUAAGCUCACUGGCUCUGCCCUUUAGCCAGAUGAGCAAAAAAAAUUCGAAAAGUAAUAUCAAAAUGUGAAUAAAUACUUAAAUAGACAACUUGCUAAAAAUGUUGAAUUAUUAAUGAACAGAGCAAAAAAUAAAUAAAACUGUUUGCUAAACAUAAUGGAUAACAGGUUAUCUAUUAGCUAACAAAUACAGUAUCUAGCUAAAAUAAAGACUAAAAAGUUAUUUAUUUGUUUUUACUAAAAUUCAUAGCUGGACGUGGGUACAGUGACAUCACUAACUGGUUUCUGAAGUCUCAUUUUGAAGCCUCUGUGCUACAAAAACACAGCUGUGACUUGUUAGCUUAGCUUGUUAGCUUAUGAGCAUUCGGUUUUCAAACUGUGUAUGAUGAAGAUUUACAAAACACAUUUGAUUAUUUUAUCCGGUAUGACCCAAAAUUAGUGACAGAGCCCAGAAACUCAGCAGGAAAGUGUAAACAGAGGUAAAAGCAGAAACUGUUCUUCCAUAGAUUUCAAUGGGAGAUUUUUGCAGCCACAGCUAUCGCCAUCUGGUGGCCUUCAAAUAGAAUGCAGGUUUUUAGGCAUUUUCUGAAUUGGCUUUAUUUUUCCAACCCAGUAACUGUGUCAAUAUUUUAUACUGUCUAUGAUAGCAGUUACAUUGAUAUUAAUUAUACUGAAUAACAGUUGGAAUAGCAAGAUAAAAGUUUAAACUCACAGUUGAAACUGUUAAAAUAAAAGUAGAAACAAAAUUGUUACCUAAACACAAUGGAUACAUUGGUAGAUGAAAUUGGUAGAUAAUAUCUUUUAAAUGAUGUUGCUGUUGGUUGUCCAGUUUCAGUUAAUUCAGCUGAACACCUUUAAAGUUGACAUUCUUUGGAGUGUUUUUCAGAGGGCUGUGGGGGGGGUCACUUCAUAUGAAAAAGGGUUGGAAACCACUCGCUUAUUAUUAUUCUGAAUGGCGCAUUUCUGAGUGACAUUUUCCUGCACUUUAUGAGCAAGUUAGCAGAGCAAAAAAUGAGACAUAAUCAAAGCUGAUGAUGGUCCCUAUCAAUUUCCUUGCCUUUUUUCCAUCUUUAUUUAUGAUUCUGCAGAGGUGACCAGAUCACGGCUUCUCAAAAGGAUGUACUGUAUGCUGAGAUCCUGGCUGCCUCGCAGUAUUAAUCAAAAGGUAAUCCUUGAGUAGCCGGUAGUGAAAUAUGAAUUAGCUCUGCCUUAGAACUCAAUGUUUACUCUAUGAGAUAAUGUAGGAUCUACAUAAAAAGACCGGGAUUAGACUCACCUUCAGUGUGCAUUAGGAAAUGUAAGGUAGUAGUGUAACUUAAUACAACAUAACAACGAUUAAGGUGUAUUGCAAAGUGUAACACACCAUAUAUAAGAUCACAUACAUGAUGUAACACAAAGAUGGGACAAAUUUCUGACGCGAGCAGCUGUUGCUUUGUUUUAAAUCAGAGCCAUUAGCAUCAUCAUUCUACUAUCUAUUGUUCUAAUGUGAACUGUUGUUUCUCAUGGACUGUUAUGACAGGAAUUGUCAAGUUUAAUGAUGAGGUGUCAAAAUAUAUCAAGUUUUAUUUUAGCUCUAGAAAGAGUAGCCUCAUUCUUAGCCGGUUUCUUCUGUCCUUUUUCUUUUUUUUUUGCCAGCAAAUCUUGUCGUAGAAUCUCAUGUAAAUACUGUAUGUACUGUGUCUUUAACAAAAUUUAAAAAGAAUAUACAAAAUGUUAAUAUAUGUUGAAAUAAA